CAGCAGUGGCCUCUCGGGGCCCCAGACGGGACAGCCGCAUCCAGAGUCGCGGAGUCACUCUACUGACAGCCCCGAGGGAUGUCAAAGUAUUGUCCAGCAUGGGACCCACAUCUGGCUUCCCAACGUUCUUUACAGGGACACCUGACUCGGACACCUGGCUGGGACGCUGGGCGCAGGCGGGUCUGUGGGAGGUGUGAGCUCCUCCUCCUCAGACACAGCCUCCGAAGCCGUGAGCUGAAGUGUGUGAAGUGCAAGGAAGGCGUACCCGUUGUGGUGAUCCGAGCCGGAGACGCCUUCUGCAGGGACUGCUUCAGGGCGUUUUACGUCCACAAGUUCAGAGCUGUGCUGGGGAAGAAUCGGCUCAUCUUUCCAGGAGAGAAGGUGCUCCUGGCAUGGUCUGGGGGGCCUUCAUCCAGCUCCAUGGUCUGGCAGGUCCUUGAGGGCCUGAGUCGAGAUUCUGCCAAACGACUGCGUUUCGUGCCGGGGGUCAUCUACGUGGAUGAGGGAGCGGCUUGUGGGCAGAGCCCGGAGGACAGAGCAAAAACUGUGGCUGAAAUGAAGCUGAUCCUGCAGACCCUCGGCUUCCCGUGGCACAUUGUCGCCUUGGAGGAGGUGUUCGGUCUGUCGCCGUCGGUGCUGCGCUGCUCUGCCCAGGAGCCGGUGGGGGCCGUGGGGACCUACAAGGUGGCUGUGGAUAGUUUCCUCCAGCAGCAGCACACGCUAGGGACCGAGAGGGCAGGGGGCAGCCCCAGCCCCACCCAGGGAGAGGAGCGACUGAGCCCGCCUGGCACCCAGGAGUCCCAGGACCCGGCGGGGCCACCGCCAGCCGCCCAGACCGAGGCUCUGUCCCGACUGUUUGGCUCCGUGAAGACGCUGACGGCCAAAGAAGAGUUUCUGCACACCCUGCGGACGCACCUGAUCCUGCACGUGGCCCGGACCCAUGGCUACUCCAAGGUGAUGACAGGAGACAGCUGUACCCGCUUGGCUAUCAAGCUCAUGACCAGCCUGGCGCUGGGCAGAGGGGCCUUUCUCGCCUGGGACACGGGCUUCUCAGAUGAGCGUCACGGUGACGUGGUGGUGGUGCGGCCCAUGCGCGACCACACGCUGAAGGAGGUCGCUUUCUACAACCGCCUGUUUGCUGUGCCUUCCGUCUUCACCCCCGCCAUCGAUACCAAGGCCCCCGAAAAGGCCAGCGUCCACCGCCUGAUGGAGGGCUUCCUGCUCCGGCUGCAAGCCCAGUUCCCGUCUACCGUCAGCACCGUGUACAGGACGAGUGAGAAGCUGGUCAAGGCCCCCCGCGACGGCUGUGCCGCCGGCCCCCGCUGCCUGCUCUGUAUGUGCACGCUGGACGUCGACGCUGCUGAUAGUGCCACGGCUUUCGGGGCCCAGACCUCCGGUUUCUCCCAGACGCAGCCCCCCACCCCGCGGGCUGGGGCUGGAGCACCCACAGAGGUGGGCGGCGCCCAGGACCGCUGCCAGGGGGCUGGGCCCUGUGGGAGGGAGGACUCCCGAGCCCGCAUCAUUGAGCAGCUAUGCUAUGGCUGCCGUGCGAACAUGAAGGAUGUGCCCUCCUUGGACCUCCUGCCACCCUACAUCUUGGCCGAGGCCCAGCUCCGCAGCCAAAGGGCCUCGCAGGAGAUCCAGGAGUAUCUGGUGGAGAACGGCGCUGAGGAGACGCACACCGCCGAGAGCUGAGCCUGGGGCCACCAAGAGCCGGGGCGCGGAUCGCAUAAAUAAAAAUACUUUUAAUUAGAAAA